AUGGCAGGCCCAUCCCCUGCUUGCCUUCUUUCCUCCUCCCCGAUCUGGAUAGCAGAAAGUCUCCAGACCCCGCCUGGGCCCCUGAGGUGCCUCGCCUGGCCCGGAGUCUGCUCCUCUUUCACCAUCGACCCGACCCCCAACAACCUGACCAAGCGGAGACUACAAGAAGCUGGGCGCUGGGCGCUGGGCCUUUUUUUUUCUUCUUCUCAGCCAUGGCGGCUGGUGCCUGGCGGACACGUGCGUGGCGUGUCUUCUGUGAAUGGGUUCUCGAUGCUACCUUGGCUCGACGGCUCCACGACUCCUGCCCGGCCUCGCCGUCCGUUGCAUCUCGGCCUAGCAUGCGCCAAAGACGCGUCGGGGUUCCGAGCCGCCGGCAGCCAAUGGGGCCUGCAGCAGUGCCCAUCCAUCCCACCCUUCGGUCAACAGCUCCAGCAUAGCUCCCAGCUCCGGGACGUCAUGGAUCGUCCCAUCAUGCCUUCUGCCUCGUGGGGGGAUGGAUCCCUCGCUUAG